AUUACCAAAUUGUUGUUUUCUCUACGUAUUGUUAAAAAAGUAAAAAAAAAUAGAAAUCUGCCAGAAAUCUAUUUUCCAGAGAGGUUUGUAAUUAGAUUAACGUUACACUUAGCAAAAAUCGUGUUACUCUUGUAAUUAUCUGUAAAUGGGAAGGGAGGUCUGACAAGGAGGGAGUAGAGUGAGAAUGCGAAAAACGAGAACUGAGUUCAAAUUUCAACAUUUGGAGUCGAUAGAUUAAUUAUUAUAAUGCUACAAAAAUGAACUCAAUCGGCAACAAUAUCAUCGACGACAACAAUCCAAACCCCGACCUCAUCGAACCUCUCCAACACCAAACUCAGCACCACCCUCACCCUCAGCAUAACCCUCUCCAAACGCAGUCGCAGCCUCAGCCUCAGCCUCGGCGCCCCCGUGGCUUCGCCGCUACGGCCGCCGCCAACGCGAUGGGCCCUACAAACACAGCGACCGGGAAGGGCAAAAAGGAGAGGGAGAAAGAGAAGGAGCGGACGAAGCUCCGAGAGCGACACCGCCGUGCUAUCACCAGCAGGAUGUUGGCUGGGUUGAGGCAAUAUGGUAAUUUCCCACUACCUGCGCGUGCUGACAUGAAUGAUGUACUCGCUGCGCUGGCGCGUGAGGCUGGCUGGACUGUGGAGGCUGAUGGAAAUACGUUUAGACAAUCUCCGCCUAUUCAACAGCAGCAGCAGCAACAACAAAUGGCGGCAUUUCCUGUGAGAUCGGUUGGGAGCCCGCUAUCGGGCAAUUCGUUGAAGGGAUGCCCUAUGAAAACAGCUGUUGAGUGUCAGCCAUCGGUUCUUAGAAUUGAUGAGAGCUUGUCCCCGGCAUCUCUUGAUUCUGUUGUCAUUCCUGAGAGGGAUACUAGGACUGAUAAAUAUACCAGUGCCAGCCCCAUCAACUCUGUUGAAUGUUUGGAGGCUGAUCAGCUUAUACAGGAUGUUCGUUCUGGGGAUCAUGAUAAUGAUUUUACAGGAUCACAAUAUGUCCCUGUUUAUGUAAUGCUUGCAACUGGUUUCAUCAACAAUUUUGGUCAAUUGGUUGAUCCUGAGGUUCUUAGACAAGAGCUGAGUCAUAUGAAGUCUUUGAAUGUAGAUGGUAUCAUUGUAAAUUGUUGGUGGGGUAUUGUGGAAGGCUGGAAUCCACAAAAAUAUGCAUGGUCUGGCUAUAGGGAACUAUUUAACAUAAUCCGAGAGUUCAACGUGAAGCUGCAGGUUGUAAUGGCAUUUCAUGAGUAUGGAGUGAAUGACUCUGGUGAUGUGCUGAUCUCUCUUCCCCGAUGGAUUAUGGAAAUUGGAAAAGGCAAUCAAGAUAUAUUUUUCACCGAUCAUGAAGGAAGGAGAAAUACUGAAUGUCUAUCUUGGGGUGUUGACAAAGAAAGAGUUUUAAAUGGAAGAACUGGUAUUGAGGUCUAUUUUGAUUUUAUGAGAAGCUUUCGAACAGAGUUUGAUGACUUGUUUUUGGCGGGUUUCAUUUCUGCUGUUGAAAUUGGACUUGGACCAUCUGGAGAACUGAGGUAUCCUUCUUUUCCUGAUAGGAUGGGAUGGAGGUAUCCUGGUAUUGGUGAGUUUCAGUGCUAUGAUAAAUAUUUACAACAAAAUCUAAGAAAAGCUGCUAGAUUGCGGGGACAUUCAUUCUGGGCUAGAGGACCUGAUAAUGCUGGUCAAUAUAAUUCGAGGCCUCACGAAACUGGCUUCUUCUGUGAACGAGGGGAUUACGAUAGCUAUUAUGGGCGCUUUUUCCUCCAAUGGUAUGCCCAGUCAUUAAUUGACCAUGCGGAUAACGUAUUGUCGCUUGCAAGCCUUGCACUCGAAGAUAUAAAGAUUAUUGUUAAGGUUCCUGGCGUUUAUUGGUGGUACAAGACUGCCAGCCAUGCAGCAGAGCUUACAGCUGGAUACUACAACCCUACAAACCAGGAUGGAUACUCUCCCAUUUUUGAGGUUCUAAAGAAGUACUCAGUGACAAUGAAGUUUGUUUGCUCCGGCCCGAAUCUGGAGGAUCAUGAAGCUCUGGCUGAUCCAGAAGGUUUGAGUUGGCAGGUGAUUAAUUCGGCCUGGGAUCGAGGAUUGUCUGUAGCUGGUGAGAAUGCACUUUCAUGUUAUGACAGGGAAGGAUGCAUGAGAAUAGUUGAAACAGCUAAGCCAAGAAUUGAUCCAGAUCGCCGUCAUUUUUCAUUCUUUGCAUAUCAACAACCAUCUUCUUUGCUGCAAGGGACAAUUUGCUUCUCAGAUUUGGAUUAUUUCAUUAAAUGCAUGCACGGAGACGUAUCAAGCGAUCUGCUUCCCUGAUGAGGUUGUGAACUUUUUGCCUUUCAGAAGAGGAUGAAGUUCUGGUUUCAACCACCUCCAAUUGAAGGGUUUGUUUACAUGAAGGUUAUGGGUUCAGAUAUGGCUAAAAGAACUAAAUCUUUUAAGGGUCUGUACAAAUUUUAGUGGACUAUGCUGCGUGGUUUCCGUUAGUUUUCUGUUGACGCUGUGUAAUGUUCUGCUAUUUAGAUCUCUGACCGCAAGCAGGGCAGAGGCAUGUAAGAUGAUUGAUGCAACAACACCGUUGAUCAUACUUAUACUUUGUUUGGGUUAGAGAAAUCUAGAAAAGUACUGAAAUUUUUCUUAGUAGCAUAUUUAAGGGAUAGCUGAGAAAUGAAGAUAAAUUAGUAAUAA